AUGGCGGCACAGGUAAGCCUGAUGGCUUACCUGCAGCAUGGCAUGCCCCCUCUGACCCUUUUACGCCAAGGCCAAAACGAGAACAAUACCACAUGCCUUAGCCGCAAAUAUCACGCAGGCCAGAUUGGUGAUGUUACACACUGGGAGGGCUUCAAUCUCGGUACCAUCGAGCAGCGAUUCGGCACAAUUCUGUACAAUGCCACAAUCACGGACGAGCCCCUGAAUCCCCAGUCGCCUCGCCGAUACAUGAAUUCGGAAACUCCCUUCGCUGCGGAUUCCAAUAUAACAACAAUGCUCCCCCCUAACCUCCAUCGCCGGCUACCUCUCACGACUGUGCUGUAUGAUGCCGGCAACAUGGCUCAAAUGAUUGAGCAGUUCAUCCCGGAUAUUGCAUACUAUGAUGCAAACCAUCAACCUGCUGGAAAGGCCAAAAACCGCGUUCCCGGAGAUAUCAAACCGUCUUACAAGUGGGCCUAUCCCCGCAUGGAUGGCCACCCCACAAAGAAUCACGAGUUCAGACAAGCACUAUCACAGAUCAACUGGUACAUGACGCAGCAUGAAAGCCGGUAUAGCUUCAUUCUGACAGAUGAAGCAUUGGUGGCAGUCCGAAGACUCGAUUUCAAGGGCAAUCUCGAACUCUCAGAGCCUAUUCCCUGGGCCACUUCUGGUACAGCCCGAAAUCCACGAUUGACCGUUCCUCUUGCUAUGUGGUAUCUAGGCAUGUUAGCGGCUCAUGACCAAGGCCCGCUGGACUGGAAACUUCCGCGCCCCCCUCCCCCUCCGGUUCCAGCCAUUCCUCAGCACUACCGUGCGCAUUCACAGGAUCAAGGACAUCAACGUGACUCUGGACGUGGCUCAGGGCAGCAACCUCGACAGGAGUCUGGAAAGAACCCUGGAGUUCAAAUUGUCAAAGAAAAUACGACUCUGGCUGCUAUGGAGAUUGAACUCGAGGAUGUGGAGGUUCUCGAGACGCUUCAAGACGUGAACUCUUUGGUUUUGAAGUACCAUAAUUUUCAUCCCUCUGCGGCUUCUUUUCCCGAUUGUGAGGUGUCCACCUACCAUCGUGAGCUCGCCGCGUAUCGCCGCUUGAAAGCCGAAGGUUUCUGCGAGCGACGAGUCAUUCCAGACUUCUAUGGUACGAUCAAAAACAUCGAUCCAAGUCACUGGCCAUAUCUGUGGAAGUUUGUUGAUGAUGAGCUUCCACCAACCGCCAUUCUCAUCGAAUAUGCUCCUAACAUGCAUCGGAUCGACCUUUCCAACUUCUCACCCCAAAACAUGCAAAUCUUGAGAGAAACCCUCGCAGAAAUGCAUUCCGUCGGGGUCUUACAUGGCGAUGCAGAAACACGGAAUAUGGUGGUUUCCAAGGACCCGACUACAAACCAGGACAGGGCCCUCUGGCUGGAUUUUGAUCGUGCUCACACGUUCUCCGAGUGUCUUUCAGAAAGGCAGGAAAGCUGGAUGAAAGAAGAGAUGGAACGGAUGGAUUAUUUCGUCCAAUACUUGACCCAGGACAACGAGCAAGGUGAACUGUACCAUGCAUACUCCUUCUAUUACGACUGGGUUGAGUACCUGGGGUGGGCAGAGGAUUAUGAAUGGGUCAAAGAAGAGAUUGCGGCCCGCAAAUACAAUCCCUUUAAGCAUGAGGGGGCGAAAUUACAGAAGUGGCUGGACGGCCGCAAAGAUAACGGAAUGGAAUGGAAUGGGGCGGACUGGGUUCAAUCCAAGAGCAUGAGAUGGAAUGGGCAGGUUUACGUUGAAAUCAAGGACGGGGCCGACCGUUCACCGAACUACGAAGUCUCAGAGAGGGAGAUCGAAAUCGCACAGCCAUGCGGUGAGAUGAAGAUACAGCGAGCUAAUCCAGUCUAG